UCUCCAGGACGCUGCAAGCCGAAGAGGGAGGCAGAAAAAUGGCCCUCGACAAUUUAAUUUUCGCUCAGUGCAUCCUUUAUUUUUUAGCUUUCGUGUUUGGCUUUAUCGCCGUCGUGCCUCUGUCUGAAAACACGGAGGAUUUCGGGGGGAAAUGUCUACUGUUCACGCGGGGCAUGUGGCAAAACGAGAACAUCACCGUGUCGAAGCAGCGCUUCGUCGUGGAGGAGUGGGGACCAGAGUCCUCCUGCAGCUUCAUCACUUUUGUCGGGAUAGCGUCCCUCAUCCUGUCCGCAGUGCAGGCGUGGAGGCUGCUCUUCUUCUUAUGCAAAGGACACGACGACUCCAUAUUCAACGCCUUCCUCAACCUGCUCAUCAGCUCCUUGGUGGUGUUCACAGUCUUCCUUUCCAGCACCAUUGUCAGUGUGGGCUUCAACAUGUGGUGUGAUGCCGUCACUGAGGGUGGGAGCAUGCCAAGCAGCUGUGAGGACCUGCAGGACAUCGAUCUAGAGCUGGGAUUGAACAAUUCUGCUUUCUAUGACCAGUUUGCUAUAGCACAGUUUGGCCUGUGGGCGGCCUGGCUCACCUGGCUCGGGAUAACAGUCAUGGCUUUCCUGAAGGUCUACCACAACUACAGACAGGAGGACCUGCUGGACAGCCUGAUCCACGAGAAGGACCUGCUGCUUGGCCGCUCCUCACGCCGCAACUCUGACCUCAAGACCGGCCUGAUCUAAAGAAGAAAAAGAGGAUGCACAAACACUCACUCAGUCACUCACACUCAACCGUCCAGUCCUCUGCCUGCCGUGAGAAACACCAGUGUUUGCCUGUGUAGACAAUCAGAAUUGGCUUUUGCUUCAAUUGAUUAGAGGGUUUAGCUUUGUUCUCUAAAGGUGAUCGAUCUCCCCCUCAAAAAAGCCCCUCAGUGGUGGAUAAGCCUUGAAGAAUCCCGCUUUAUUGAGAUUAUUUACUCCUCUUCAAGGCAUAGCUCAACUCUGAAAGUAUUUAACCCAUUUAAUGGAAGUUUUGGAUUUCUAUUUAACUCCGCAGUGUUAGUGGCUCGGACUGACUGGCCGAUGGAUCAUGUUGUCUUUGUGAAACUUCUGCAUGGCCCUAAUGCAUGGCAAAUUAAUAAGGUGGUGGUUUUUAGAUGUAAAGGAUUUUCCUUUUUGUUUUAUACACCAAUAAAUGUGUAGGCUUCUCUUUUGUAGGAUGCCCUCUGCAUCUUGAUGAAGUCAGAAUUCCUUGCAUGCUGCAGCAAAGCAAGAACACGUGUGCUUUUGCAGUGUAUUCACUUUAUCAGCAUUUACAAAAGGUGUUUUAAAAUAAAGACUAGUAGUAGUUGAGAGCAUUUAUGUACCAGGCAGCCAGUCCAAAAAUGCUUUUAGCAAUCUGUGUGAGCUAGAAAACUGGUUCCUGUUUGUGCCAUAUAGCUACUCAGGCUUCUCCUACACACUUUAUAGGCUACAAACCAAUAUACUGUUUUACUGUGAAUAGACGAUCAAAUGUACCUGCAUGCCUCUUUCCCUGCUACACAUCACACUCUCACUCACGCUCCGAGAUAAUGGGAAGAAAGCGAGCCACGUGCUUGACUUUGAUAGGCAAUGACAGUUUUAUUCAAAACAACUGAAAUCAUAAAACAGUAAGAACUAAGAAAACCCUCUAUAAAGGCACUUCUUUCAAAGUGACCAUAAAUGUUUGGACAGCCGUGAGAUGCAGCUUCUAAGCUAAAUGUGCAUAUACAACUGGGUAUUGUUUUAUUGCUAAUGACAAUUUAGUUUGACAGUACAGAGUCAACAGUGUUUUCUUUCUUCUAUACAGGCCUUGUUUGCCUCAUAUUGCUUUGACAUUCAAAUGUGAAAACCUUUUGAGUUCCCUGAAACCUGUUAUAUAAAGAACGAUGUUUUACUGGAAACUGUGAUGUGUGUUAUUGCUCUGAAUGAGAGGUCUGUGAGAUGUGCCCUUUGAAUCCAGUUUUGUGGUAGUUUGGCUGUUUCAGAUUUUUCUGCUUCACUUUAUAAAGGGACUCAUACAAUGCUGUACAGUUUUUGAUUUCUGUUUGGCCUCAUAUAAGCAGCUAUUCAAUGAAUGACUACAUUUUUUUUUCAUGUGUUGCAAAGACGCCAUCUGUACAUUUUGAAAGCUUGAUGAGCAUUUGACAUCACGAUAAAAACCUGAAUAUCAUUAUGUUAAAAUAGAAAUAUAACAAAAGAUUUUAAAAAUCAAACUAUUUAAAGUUGGAUAUUUGUUUGGAUGCAGAUACACAGUAUAUAAGAAUAAAUAACAUUUAGGACAAAGGAUAUUUAGUGGGAUUCAAGCAGUCAAAAAGAAGAACACAGUCAAAAGCAUUAGCAUUCAUUCAUUUUGAGUAUAUUCUCUUUGACGAUGAUAUAAAGAGAGAAAUCAUUACACUGUGCUGUAGGUUUCUCCUCAGAGGAGCUGAAGACAGUCUGUAAAGAAAGAGGUGUUUUUUUUAAAUCUCUUAGUCAUAUGACCUGGUGUUGCUGUGAAGUGAAGCAGCCCUGU